AUGUCGAAGCUCUUCGUAGGAGGCCUUGCCUGGCACACCGAUGACGCGACUCUGCGCCAGAAGUUCGAGGAAUUCGGCCAAGUCGAAGAAGCUGUAAGUAACCAGGUCAAGGGCACGGCAUGCUCGCAACCGCCCAACCGACUGCUCACGUCUCCACAGGUCGUCGUCAAAGACCGUGAUACUGGUCGCAGCAGGGGCUUCGGUUUCGUCCGUUUCGCCAGCGAUGCUGAGGCCGACACUGCUAUGCAGAACAUGAACAACGUUGAGUUCGAUGGACGUACUGUUCGCGUCGACAAGGCCUCUGACCGCGCUGGUGGCGGUGGUGGCGGCGGACGCGGUGGCUUCGGAGGUGGCUACGGUCGCGGAGGCGGCGGUGGCUACAGCGGCGGUGGUGGCUAUGGCGGCGGUGGCGGUCGUGGCUACGGCGGCCAAGGCGGAGGCCAAUGGGGACCCUCUGGUGGACAGGGUGGUGGACAGGGUGGUGGCUACCAAGGACAAGGCGGCUACGGCGGCCAGCGUCAAGGCUACGGCGACCAGCAGCAGCAGCAGGGUGGCGGCGGCGGCGGCCAGUGGUAA